AACGCCAUAACCAAAAAUCUGCACGAAACUCACUCUCGCCAUCACAUUCAAGACCCUCGAAAACAAGCUAAAAGACUUUAUCUUUCUUUCCUUUUUCUCUACCAAGGUACAAUCUCGAAACCCUAGAAUAUAUUUUCAUUUAAUUGCAUUUUCAUUGCUUAAAGAGUUUUUCUUUCUGAACUUUGAUGGACUGGUAAUUUUUGUCAGUUACGUGUUUGAUUUUAUGGAUUUAGUAUUAUGUGACUAGUGGGGUUGUUGAAAUGGGAAAAGGUAAGCCAAGAGCCGUAGAGAAAGGGGUUAUAGGGCAAAACUUGAGUGUAUCAUCAUCUGGGUCAUUGCAUGUACCUCCAGCACCUGUUUAUUAUCCUAGUGAAGAAGAAUUUAAAGACCCUCUAGAGUAUAUUUGCAAGAUUAGAGUAGAAGCUGAGAAAUAUGGGAUUUGUAAGAUUGUACCACCAAAGAGUUGGUCGCCACCAUUUGCAUUAAAUUUGGAUACUUUUACUUUUCCUACAAAAACACAAGCUAUUCAUCAGUUGCAAGCUAGGCCUGCUUCGUGUGAUUCAAAGACUUUUGAGUUGGAGUAUAGGAGGUUUUUGGAGGAACAUUGUGGUAAGAAAUUGAAGAAAAGGCUUAUUUUUGAAGGGGAUGAAUUGGAUUUGUGUAAAUUGUUUAAUGCUGUUAAGAGGUUUGGUGGAUAUGAUAAGGUUGUGAAGGAGAAGAAAUGGGGUGAGGUUUCUAAGUUUGUUAGGUUAGGGAAGAAGAUUUCGGAGUGUGCGAAGCAUGUCUUGUGUCAAUUGUAUUUUGAGCAUUUGUAUGAUUAUGAGAAGUAUUAUAUUCAGUUGAACAAGGAACUAAAUAAGAGCUCCAAAAGGGGAAUGCGACAUGACAAGAAAUGUGAUGAUGGGGGCCAUAGGGCCGAGGUUUCGUGCUCAAAGAGAAGGCGGAGGAAUGUCGAGGGUGAGAAAGUUGAGGUUUGUAAUAAGGUUGAGAAGGUGGAAGAGCUUGAUCAAAUAUGUGAGCAAUGUAGGAGUGGUUUGCAUGGGGAAGUGAUGCUUUUGUGUGAUAGAUGUAAUAAGGGAUGGCAUAUUUAUUGCCUAUCACCGCCUUUGAAGCAAAUUCCACCUGGGAAUUGGUAUUGCUUUGAGUGCUUGAACUCAGAUAAGGAUAGCUUUGGGUUUGUGCCUGGAAAAUGCUUUACAAUUGAAGCUUUUAGGCGUGUAGCUGAUCGGGCCAAGAGAAAAUGGUUUGGACCAGGAUCUGCUUCACGAGUGCAAAUGGAGAAAAAGUUUUGGGAAAUUGUGGAGGGAUCUGCUGGUGAAGUUGAAGUUAUGUAUGGCAGUGAUUUGGAUACUUCAAUUUAUGGGAGUGGAUUUCCUCGUCUAAAUGAUCAGAGACCAGAAUCUGUUGAAGCUAAGGUGUGGGAUGAAUACUGUGGUAGCCUAUGGAAUCUCAAUAACUUGCCAAAGUUGAAAGGCUCAAUGCUUCAAGCUGUUCACAAUAAUAUAACUGGUGUUAUGGUGCCCUGGCUGUAUGUUGGCAUGUUAUUUUCUUCUUUUUGCUGGCAUUUCGAAGAUCACUGUUUUUACUCUAUGAACUAUCUGCACUGGGGAGAGCCAAAAUGUUGGUAUAGUGUCCCUGGUAAUGAAGUCAAAGCUUUUGAGAAGGUGAUGCGAAGUAGUCUUCCUGAUCUGUUUGAUGCACAACCAGAUUUACUCUUUCAGCUUGUGACCAUGUUGAACCCAUCCGUCUUGCAAGAAAAUCAUGUUCCAGUCUAUAGUGUCCUGCAGGAACCUGGAAAUUUUGUCAUCACCUUCCCCAGAUCUUAUCAUGCAGGAUUCAAUUUUGGUUUGAACUGUGCAGAAGCUGUUAAUUUUGCUCCUGCUGAUUGGCUACCUCAUGGUGGGUUUGGAGCGGAUUUGUAUCAGAUGUAUCAUAAAACUGCUGUGUUAUCCCAUGAGGAGCUUCUUUGUGUUGUAACUAAGUUUGGCAACUUUAGUACCAAAGUAUCACCUUAUUUGAAGAAAGAAUUGCAGAGGAUAUAUAAUAAAGAGAAAAACAAGAGAGAGAGACUUUGGAGAAGCGGCAUUAUCAAAUCUUCUCCCAUGUGCCCUCGAAAAUGUCCUGAAUAUGUUGGUACUGAAGAGGAUCCAACAUGUAUUAUAUGCAAGCAGUACCUUUAUCUCUCUGCUGUUGUUUGCCGUUGUAGGCCAUCUGCAUUUGUAUGCCUGGAGCACUGGGAGCACAUUUGUGAAUGCAAAUCGAGUAGACUUCGCCUUCUUUAUCGUUAUACCCUGGCGGAAUUGUAUGAUUUAGUGCUUAUAGUAGAUAAGUGUGAUUCUGAUGAGAGAUUGCAGGGUAAUAACUUACUAAGGCACAAUUCCUGUUCGAAUGAGAUGAAUGCUUUGGUGAAGAAGGUCAAAGGUGGCCAUGUCAGUUUGGUUCAACUUGCAGAACAAUGGCUUUUGCGCUGUCAUAAGAUUUUUCAGUCUCCAUACUCUGGUGAUGCAUUUUCUACCUUAUUGAAGGAGGCUGAACAAUUUCUUUGGGCUGGUUCUGAGAUGGAUCCCGUGCGGAAAAUGGCGAAGAAUCUGAUUACAGCUCAGAAGUGGGCAGAAGGGAUAAGAGAGUGCCUUUCCAACGUUGAAAACUGGUCUUGUAACUGCAGUUGUGAUUUCAAGAGAGUGCAAAUGGAGUGUAUCAAUGAGUUGCUAAAGUUUGAUCCUGUGCCCUGUAAUGAGCCUGGGUAUCUUAAAUUGCAGGAGCAUGCAGGAGAAGCCAGGCUGUUGAGUCAGGAAAUUGUCUCUGCUUUGUCAUCAUGCUCAAAAUUGUCACGACAGAUCUCUGAGUUGGAGUUGCUGAACUCAAAAGCUUGUGGUUUUCCAAUUUAUAUAAAAGACGGCGAGAAAUUGUUGCAGAAAAUCUCAUCAGCAAAGGCAUGGAUAGAAUGUGCAAGGAAAUGCAUCUCAGAAAAACGUCCUGCUACAGUUGAUAUGAAUAUUCUCUACAAGUUGAAGUCAGAGAUAUCAGAGCUUCAAGUUGAGCUUCCAGAAGAAGAAAUGCUUUUGGAUCUAGUAAGACAUGCUGAAUUAUGUCAGUCUCGUUGCAAUGAAGUUUUGAGAGCUCCUGUUAGUCUAAAGAUGCAGACUGUUGAGCUGCUACUCAGUGAGUGGGAGAAACUUACUGUUAAUGUACCAGAGUUCAUACUUCUAAAACAAUACCACCUUGAUGCUGUUUCCUGGAUUACCCGCUGUAAUGAUAUAUUGGUGAAUGUGCAUGAACGGGAAGAUCAAGAUAAUGUAGUUAAUGAGUUACAAGCCCUUCUAAAAGAUGGAUCAACUUUGAGAAUUCAAGUCGAUAAAUUGUCUAUUGUUGAGGUUGAGUUGAAGAAGGCUUGUUGCAGGCAAAAAGCUCUGAAGGCACAUCAUUCCAAAAUGCCCUUUAGCUUCAUUCAGCAACUUAUGAAGGACGCUUCUGUGCUGCAGAUCGAGAGUGAGGAGUUAUUUAUUGAUAUGUCUGGAGUGCUUUCAGCUGCCUUGUCUUGGGAGGAAAGAGCAAUGAAAGUUCUUGAGGAUGAAGCUCCAAUGUCUGACUUUGAGGAUAUCUUAAGAAGUGCAGCAAACAUAUCUGUGAUUCUACCUACUUUAGAUGAUGUGAGAGAUGCUGUAGCAACAGCCCAGUGCUGGUUAAAGAAUUCUAAGGCAUUUUUAGGAUCUCCAUCAUCCCUGGAAUCCGGCUCCUGUUCUCUGCUUCAACUUCAGGCUUUGGAGGAGUUAGUUUUGCAGUCAAAGUCACUUAAAAUAACUUUCGAAGAAAGAAGAAUGCUUGAAAUGGUUUUGAAGAAUUGUGGGGAGUGGAAGCUGGUUGCCUGCUCUGCAUUGCAGGACACAGGGUGCAUACUGGAUUCAAGUUAUAUUGGCAACGGGCAGAACAAUGAUCUUAGUGUGAGGAUUGAACAUCUAGUUACUAGAAUAGAGUCCAUUACAAAAACUGGUUUAUCUCUUGGUUUCGACUUUCUUGAGAUUCCAAAACUUCAAGAUGCUUGUUUUGUGCUUCAAUGGUGCAGUAGGGCCCUUUCUUUGUGUUAUGCUGCUCCGUCUUUUGAGGAUGUUGAGAAGUUGAUGGAUGCUUCAGACAAUCUUUCUGUUACACAUGUAUCUUAUCCUCUGUGGAGCUCUUUGAUGGAUGGGGUCAAAUGGCUCAGGAAAGCCUUGGGGGCAAUUUCUGUGCAAAGUAAUUUUGAAAGGUGGAAGUUGAGCGAGGCUGAGGAGCUUCUUGAGAAAGCUCAGGUUAUAAAUAUCUCCUUUCCAGUAGUGGUGGACCAACUAGUAAAUAGUAUACAUAAACACAAGUUGUGGCAAGGACAAGUGGAUCAAUAUUUUAGUCUCAAGUUUGAAGAGCGUUCUUGGUCUCAAAUACUAGAACUUAAGGAACUUGGGAAGGAUGUUGCAUUUAGUUGUUCACAACUAGAUAUGGUUUUAUAUGAAGUUGAAAAAGUUGAAAAGUGGAAGCAACAAGGUGUUAAGGUUGCACAGAUCUUUGUGGGUGAUGGGAAUCUUUUGCUGGAUGCUUUAGAAAAGAUUAAACAUUCUCUCGAUAUAUCUUUAUACAUUUAUGGCAAGUCCCAGAGCUUCAGAGCAAGAACUAUAUUCAUGUGCUGCACUGAUUAUAACAAAGAUCAGGAGGUUUUGACUUGUUCAGUAUGCAAAGACUGCUACCAUUUGCGGUGUCUAAUGCCAGCAUUACUACAUGGUAAAAACGUGGAACUCUAUGUUUGCGCUUACUGCCAGUUUCUGGAGGAUCUAUCAAUAAUUAACAAUCAAGUUUCUCCUCUGAGAUUUAGAGAGAAGCAAUGCGAGUUAAGCAUGCUGAUCAAACUUCUAUCUGAUGCAGAAAAUUUCUCUCUACGGAUAGAAGAAAGAGAGAUAUUGCAACAAGUUGUGGAUCAAGCUCUGGAAUGCAAAACAUGCUUGAGAGAAAUAUUGGAUUUUGAAUUAUCUUAUUUGGAUAAAGAUCUUAGCAUGAUCUCUAAGAAGUUAAUAAUUGCUUUGAAGGCAGUGCAAGUGGCUGGUACGUAUGAUCGUCAAGGUAACUUUGACCUUGAAUUGGCGUUAGCAAAAAAUUCAUGGAGAGUGAAGGCUAAGAGACUAAUAGAUGGGGUGCAGAAACCCACGAUGCAACAGAUUCAGGGGCAUAUGAAGGAGGGGCUGGCUAAAAGCAUACCGCUUGAAGAUUACUUCUGGAGGAAUCUCACAGAACUGAAGCAAAUAGGCUUGCAGUGGGCUGAUCGUGCCAAGAAGGUUGUAUUGGAUUCUGGGGCUCUUGGUUUAGAUAAAGUUUUUGAACUUCUUUCAGAAGGUGAAAAUUUGCCGGUUUACUUGGACAAGGAACUAAAGUUAUUAGGAGCUCGAAGUAUGCUGUACUGCAUUUGUAGAAAGCCUUAUGAUGAUAGAGCAAAAGUUACCUGUGAUAGGUGCAAUGAGUGGUACCAUAUUGAUUGUGUCAAGUUACAUUGCCCUCCAAAGGUGUAUGUAUGUACUGCAUGUGACCCUUUAAAAGAGUUGUCUACAUCACCACAGAUGGAUAAUGAGAGAUGGACAAGUGCCAAAAGUGUAGAACCAAAGACGCCCUCACCUCCGCACUGGCACACAACGGCAAGAAAGAAGGCCGAGCUUAGUGUGGAACAAAAGAAGCUUCCAAGUAUUGAUAGCAAUAGCAUAUUAAUGCGAUCAAGUGGAAUUGAUAGGUUGUGGUGGCGAAACAGAAAGCCUUUUAGAAGGGAGGCAAAGAAACGAGCUGAGCUUGAAAGUCUUUCUCCAUUUAUUCAUAUAAAACAAUAGACAAGAAAUUAGAUAGUGAUUUAAUCAUUUAAUUGAUUCAAUUGAUUCCUAGGAUUGUACCUGCAAUUCUCUGGUUCAAUUCCAAUAAAAUCAAUUCAUUAGCA